AGUGGAUUCAAAAUUGAUUCAACACGCUGGUAAAAUGAAGAAAGAACGCACGGGCGACAAUUGUCGUCCGUUUAAAUUAGCUCAUCAAAUUUUAAGCUUAACUGGUAUUAGCUUCGAAAGGAGAAGUAUUAUUGGAUUUGUUGAGCUCACUGUCGUACCGUUGAAAGACAACUUGCGGUAUAUUCGCCUGAAUGCCAAGCAGUGUCGUAUUUACCGUGUUUGCUUAAAUGACCAGUAUGAAGCCAAUUUUCAGUACUGUGACCCUUUCCUGGACAUCUGUCAGUCUGACCCUAAUACGAGAUCUUUGGAAGUUUUCUCCCAAUAUCAUUUGGCAGCAGCUCAAAAGAUUGAUCCUGAUCAUAACUCUGGUGAACUCCACAUACAAGUGCCAGAUGAGGCAGCUCACUUAGUUGGUGAAGGACGGGGACUUCGUAUUGGAAUAGAGUUUUCAUUGGAGUCCCCACAGGGAGGGCUACAUUUUGUUGUACCUGAAGGAGAAGGCUCUUUAGUUGAGAAAUCAGCUCACAUGUUCACAUAUGGGCAUUCAGCCCGUCUUUGGUUUCCUUGUGUGGACAGCUAUGCAGAGCCUUGCACUUGGAAGUUAGAAUUUACUGUUGAUGAAAGUUUGACAGCAGUAUCUUGUGGGGAACUAGUUGAUGUGGUGUAUACACCUGAUCACAGAAGAAAGACAUUUCAUUACAUUGUAAAUACUCCAGCAUGUGCCCCGAACAUAGCUCUGGCCAUUGGGCCUUUUGAAACUUAUGUAGAUCCACAUAUGAAUGAAGUGACUCAUUAUUGUUUGCCCAAUUUGAUGCAAAUUUUAAAAAAUACUGUUCGUUACUUACAUGAGGCAUUUGGAUUUUAUGAAGAAACUCUCAACACCAGAUAUCCUUAUCCUAGUUAUAAACAGGUGUUCGUGGAUGAAACAGAAGAUGAUGUUACGGCUUAUACAACUAUGUCUAUAUUAAGUACUCACUUACUCCAUUCUAUUGCAAUAAUUGAUCAGACAUACAUCAGUCGUAAAGCAAUGGCCCAAGCUGUGGCUGAACAAUUCUUUGGUUGCUUCAUCACAAUGCAGAAUUGGUCAGACUUAUGGCUGGCUAAAGGGAUACCAGAUUAUUUGUGUGGUUUAUAUGCAAAAAAAUGUUUUGGUAACAAUGAAUACAGGUAUUGGAUACAUCAAGAAUUGACUGAGGUUGUAAGUUAUGAAGAACAAUAUGGUGGCAUAGUUUUAGAUCCUUGGCAACCUCCCGCUAGUGGUGCCAGGGUAGAACCAAAAGAUAUGUUCUAUUUUCCUGUGCGAAACGUACAUACUAUGUCACCAAGAUAUAUUGAGGUUAUGAGAAAGAAGUCCCAUUUAGUUUUGCGCAUGUUAGAACAACGCAUCGGUCAAGAGUUGCUCCUGCAAGUGUUUAAUAAGCAACUGUCCCUCGCUACAACUGCCGCUAAUACCAAGAUCGGUAGUGGUUUAUGGGGUCAGCUUCUAUUAUCGACCAACUCAUUUGUGAAGGCAAUAUUUACCGUCACGGGGAAGCAUAUGGCCGUGUUCGUGGAUCAGUGGGUGCGCACCGGCGGUCACGCCAAGUUUCAACUUACAUCAGUGUUUAAUAGAAAGAGGAACACGGUAGAACUUGAGAUACGUCAAGAUUGCGUCCACGAGCGCGGUAUACGGAAAUACGUCGGUCCGUUGUUAGUACAACUGCAGGAGUUGGACGGACCGUUCAAACAUACGCUUCAGAUAGAAAACACGGUAGUCAAAGCCGACAUCACCUGCCACAGCAAGAGUAGGCGGAAUAAAAAGAAGAAGAUACCCCUUUGUACCGGGGAGGAGGUCGACAUGGAUCUCUCUGCUAUGGACGAUUCACCUGUCUUGUGGAUCCGUCUCGACCCCGAAAUGUCCCUCUUGCGGAGUACGGUGAUAUCGCAGCCUGACUACCAGUGGCAAUAUCAGUUACGUCACGAGCGUGACGUCACAGCGCAGAGCGAGGCCAUAGAUGCCCUUCACAAUUACCCAGAGACAGCGACGAGGAAAGCGCUCACUGACACCAUAGAGAAUGAGCAGACGUUUUAUAGGAUAAGAUGCAGGGCGGCACAUUGUUUGACCAAGGUAGCCAACUCAAUGAUUAGCUCCUGGGCGGGACCACCAGCGAUGCUUACGAUCUUCCGAAAGAUGUUUGGAUCUUUCUCAGCACCACAUAUAAUAAAACAGAACAACUUCGACAAUCUCCAACAUUAUUUCCUACAGAAAACUAUACCGGUCGCAAUGGCGGGUUUGAGGAAUAUCCAUGGUAUUUGUCCUCCAGAGGUAAUAAGGUUUUUGUUAGAUCUGUUCAAGUACAACGACAAUUCUAAAAAUCAUUUCUCUGAUAACUACUACAAAGCGGCGUUAGUGGACGCUCUUGCUGCCACAAUCACUCCUGUUAUAUCGGUGUUACAACCUGGAGCACCUAUAACGGUAGACUCACUGUCUGCCGAUACGAAGUUAGUACUUGAAGAAAUAACAAGGGUCCUGAAUUUAGAGAAAGUGUUGCCAUGCUAUAAGAACACUGUUACAGUUAGCUGUCUACGUGCGAUAAGGCGGUUGCAGCAGUGUGGCCAUCUUCCUAGUAUACCAACCAUUUUCAGAGCAUACGCACAAUAUGGACAAUAUAUUGAUGUAAGACUGGCCGCUUUCGAGUGUUUAGUGGACUUUGUCCGAGUGGACGGUAAACCUGAGGACCUGUCUUCCUUACUGACCACCGUAGAAAGUGAUCCAGACCCAUGUGUGAGGCAUGGAUUAGCCAGACUGUUGAUCAGUAACCCGCCCUUCGAGAGAGCGCAGAGACAUCGUCUGGACACAGAAGCUGUUGUACAUAGGUUAUGGAAUAAUAUGAACAGUCACCUAUCAAACGACGCGCGUCUUCGUUGCGACCUUGUUGAUCUCUACUACACGUUGUAUGGUCCAAAGAGACCGAUAUGUGUGCCGCUACCUGAAAUACAGGCAAUGAUGAAACAGAUGCAUCAUAAAGAGCGAGACCGACUAGAGAGGGAGCGAGAGAGGGAAAAGGAGAAAGAGAGACAGAAGGAGUUAGAAUUGAAGCCCGUUAUCAAACAGGAGAUCGAGGAUAUAAAAAUGGAGACCGAAGUGGGUCCAUUGCAAGAGACACAGGUGCCGUUAGUGCCGGAGAGGAAAGAAGACUUAUUACCUGUGCCCAUCUCUAGUAUUAAAGAGGAAGACGUCAAAAUUGACGUGACCACUGUACAUGAUACACCGACCGACUUUGGGGAUGACACAAAACGAGAAUUUCUUACGGACAAUGCGGUGCCGCUUCCCGGUAUUCCCGGUUCUUCAGGACCCAUUGGCUUUGAACCUGGUAUGUUCCGGCAUGAAGUUAAAGAUGAAAUGGGCGCACCUAAGGCCAAGAAGAAGAAGAAAGACAAAAAGAAGCACAAACACAAACAUAAACACAAGCACAGUAGUAAGGAAAAAUCCAAAGACAAGGAGCACAAAGAAAAAGACAGAUCUUUGCUACCACGACCGCCUUCUACCACAGAUCAACUCAAAAUAAAAGAGGAGACCAGAGAAACCUUAAGUUCCUUCAGCUCGAGUCAAAGUCCCUCUGAAGAUAUUUCGACGAUGCCUUCCAAUAUGAGUUUUUAA